GCUGAUUGCCGGUUUUAUUUAUUCUUUUUUUUUUUGUUUUGCAAUUGCACGUAACUUUCAAAACACUAAAGUUUGGUGGAGAAUAGCUGAGAAAAUGUUAAUCCUAAACAAAUGCUCACCUCUUAGGCAGAUUCUUAGACGCUGUCAUCGUCAGGUUGUGGAAAAUAGCAAAGUUGUUAACAAAAACCUAACCGCAUUCAUGGGAAAAUGGCCUGAAGAGGAGCAACAGGAUUUUCGGCUGCACAUGCGCAUUAUUACGGAUUUUAUCAGCGAAUUGGAGGAGCAGCAGCUACACGAGGAAAUAGAACCCUAUAUGAGUCGAUUACGCUAUGAGUUUGAUCACUGGGAUGAUGCCAUCCAUGGCUUCCGGGAGACAGAGCGCAAGAAGUGGUUCCCCCACAACCGAGAGGUUCUGGAGCGCGUGCGUCAGGUGGCCUUCGAAGGCGCCAUAAUGCCAUAUGUGCAUAUCCUGGAUCUGGCAGCCGAUGGGGUUAUCAAGCCUCAUGUGGAUAGUACCAGGUACUGUGGCACCACAAUCUCUGGCAUCAGCCUUCUAAGCGACAGUGUCAUGCGGCUCGUACGCACGGAUGCCCAGCGGUACCAGCAAUCAGGGACGAAUGCAAAGGAAACGGACUCCCAGGAUGCAGAUUCGGAUGCUGCAUAUCGCCACCAGCCUAAGGAAGCGUCGCUGGAAAACAAAUUCUACGCCGAUCUGCUACUUCCUCGACGCUCCCUGUACAUAAUGAGCCACACGGCUCGCUACAAUUUCACGCACGAGAUACUGGCCAAGGAGCAUUCACAGUUCCAGGGCAUGCCCGUGCCCAAGACACGUCGCAUUUCCAUCAUUUGUCGAAAUGAGCCUUGAGGCAAAGCGAGGAGAGGAUGACCCUCUUUAGAAGUGUUGAAAAGAUUUAGUUUUUGACUUUUUUCCCCCAAAUAUUUAUCCAUGUAUUCUAGUCUAGUUUAUAUUUUGUGUAAAUAUGGGAAA